AUGAAUCCGCUAGAGUUUUAUUGGUCCAAGGUAGGUGAGGAUCAGCAGUUGUAUCUGGAGGAGAUAAGGAAGAUUACACAGGAGUUCCAGGAUGUAUUCCUGGAUAAAUUCUUUCCGCUAGAGCUCAGAAAGGCGAAAGUAGAGGAGUUCAUCAACUUACGGCAAGGCUUCAUGACUGUUACGAAACUGAUGACCCAUGUCCAUCAGAUCAAAUCAGAUCAGAUAAAAAAUAGGGAUAGAGUAAGAGGGAAUAAGACAGCCAGAUAUGAGCAACCUAUUUAUGGUAAGAACAGAUCGCAAGGAGGGAAUCGCCCUCAGUUACAGAGCCGCUUAUCUAUGCCAGCACCAUCAUUAUCUACAGCUCCAGCACUUAGAGGUAGGUGUGGUAGGGACCACGAGGGUAAGUGGUUAUGGGGUCAGAAGAGCAGUUAUGGAUGUGUCCAAGAGGCCCACGAUUUUAGAGAUUGUCCUCAUACUAGACAGGGGAACCGUGAUGUUUGUCCCCUGGCUCAGACUGCUAAUGCUCCAGCUCCUGUAGCUUAUCCAACUUCUACUCAUAGUUCUUCUUCCAGCAAUAUUGGUGGUCAUUGCCCGAACAGAUUCUAUGCUUUGCUUUCACAUCAGAAGCUGGAGGACUCCUCCGAUGUUGUUACUGGUAUGCUUUGUGUGUUUCAAUUUAAUGUUUAUCCAUUGUUGGACCCUGGAUCUAGUUUUUCAUAUGUGGCACCUCUAGUUGCUGUAAAAUUUGAAGUGAGUCCCGAGAUUGUCUCUGAGCCUAUCCUAGUUUCUACCCCUGUGGAUUAG